AAUACAGGGAUACCUGGAAGAAGAUAUACUUUAAACAGACUAGUGAUAAAGCAAACACUUGUAAAAUGGUUUUUCAGGUCUGAUUUGUACUGCUCUAAUUAACUGGACACUGACAGGAAUUUUUUUCUAAAAUUGUGAAAAUUCUGUUUUCUUCUCACAUUUUUCACCUUGAGAUCUGAGAAACACCCAUUAGCAGAAACAUGCAGUUAAUAUUACCCUGAAAUCUAAAAGCCACAAUGCAUGGAAGCACUGCCUUGUUAAUACCUGGAGGACACUGAUUUGAUUAUGCCUUAGCUCUUGUUUGUAACAUAUUUUGACUAUAUAGAACUGUGCUUUUAUUUCCUUUUUUUACCUGUGAUUUCUUCCUUGUAAAUGUGUAAAAUACAUUUAUCAUCUCUCACAUUACAUCCAGGUGUCUGAUUUCAAGUUCUUCUAUUCUGGUAUGCCUCCUGUCCGUCUCGUAUUGCAAAGUUAUGUGAAGACUUUAAAUUCCUUGUAUCCAGUGCUCUUCUCAGAUUUCAACAGCAGCAAAAAAGCCAUAUUCUCAAAGCCAUAGGACUAUUUCUAGGUAAACUUUAAACUAAGAUACAUAAUCAAGUUGGAAUUAAAUUAAAUUACUUAUAAUAUUACAUAGUUUUCUUAUGUGAAAAGGAUAACCAUUCACUGACAAAUAGAUAUGAUCAAUAUAAACUUGAAUAGCAACAUACUUGUGGAUUUACUUCACAGGCUAUCUUAUUUAAAGAAUCUUCAGAAAUUCCUUCAUAAUGCAAGUAGAACUAAAUGCCUGAUGCAAAUGAUUUAAUGCAAGUGUUUGCUUACACUUUUAAACAAAAUUGCUUCAUUACUGCUUGUUACUUGCUUCUCUUCAUUUACUAUAGAUAUUCAAAUAAGAGAUGUAUUUAUGCUCAAAGGUAAAAUGGGACUAAAAGCACAUGGUCUUACCUCUGCUUUAAUUUCCUGUAUAAAUUUGAUUAAACUUGUACGGAUUUCUUGCAGGCAUCUGACUCCAAAAACAGCUGUGGGCACUAUAUGCAAAAGUAGGAAAAGGCUGCCAAAGUUCUUUAAGGUUGCACAUCCCAGUUUUAGUUUUCAUCUUUGAAAUGUGAAGACAGCUUUAGAGGAAUAAAAUAUUCAAGACAGUGAAGAGUUUUGUCACUUGAGUAGCAGGACUUGGAUAGGAACCUGAAGAUACAUGGAUGCAUGUAAACUCAUCCUGAAUUGGGUUUCUUUCUCAUCCUCAGCCAGCUGAGAAUCUACAGGGCUGUUUCCUAUUACUUGGGUGGCUUGCAUUUAAAUCUGUCUCACCUGGAGGGAGAAGAGCUUUGGGGCUGUGCUCCACAACUCCCUCACUGCAGCUGCUGCUACUGGAUAGAGCAUCUUCCCUCUCCCCAUUACCUUUCCACAGCUAAGAGUCUUUCAGCCUUGGUUCUGACCAGGGUUUUCUUGACAGUUUGCUGGAUUUGUUUUCUUCACAGAGCAGUGCUGCCAUGACAGGUCAUGGAUAAGCCCUGAUCUCUCAUAUAGUUGAAUCCUGAUGACACAUAAUCAAAUGCAGACUCAAAAUUCCAUGUAAUUACACAGGGAUAAUUUCUCAGUACAGCACAAUUUCAGCUAAACAAAAGAAGCUGUGGACAGAUAUAAGAUGAAAGUAUAAGAAACUGCAUGAAUGAAUGCAUAAACUGCUCUCAGUUAAUGGCUGGACACAAGCCAGUUCAAAGGCUCAGAGCAUCCAUUUCUUGCAGCUCAGACUUGUCCAUGUCCUGGACAUGGAUUGUCCAUGAAACUGCUCACUGAACGAGACACAGUUGCUCACUGCUGUUGUUAGAAGGAAUUUGUUUGAUGUGAACACUAAAAAUCAGGAAAUCCCAAACUCUAACUCUUUUUACAGGUUUCCUGUGGUAACUGGCAACGUAUGAUGUUAAGACACUUGUCAUGGUGAAAAGAAUUCCUGAGAUUCCUGAAAAUGGCAGCUGGUUAUGCUUAAGAAAAAACCACAUCUUGUUCUCAUUAUUCACCACUAACUCUGGGGAGGAAGACAGCAUCUUUCAUACACUUACAAUUGGUAAAUUCCUUACUUACAAAGUCAAAUUCCUUGGAAUCAAAAACAUUGAAUAACUUAUGUCAAUAUCUGACAAGGUAAAAUAAUGUAUGAACGAUCAGUUCUACCUUUAAAGUUAAUUAUCCUUAAACAAAGAAAAUUGAUGGCAUACUGGUCUCCCAGAGACUGUUAGUGUUCAACAGCAAAGAGAAAAUUAAAGUAUUUUAAAAUAGUUAAUAACUACACAGAGAAAAAUCCAUCCAGGGGAAAAACAAACCCAAACCAUCACACAGCAAAAACAUCCCAACUUUUACUUCUGACACUGGCAACCCCUCAGCUUUGGGUUCAGGAAGCCAGAGGUAUUAUGUGAAAUGCAGCAAUUCACAAGCAGCAACAAGGUCUUAGGGACAUGAGCAGACUUGUCUAAAGGUGUCAAAAUGAAUAAAUCCCAGAAGUGUAGGCAGCCAGAGUCAAGGACAAAGGCAAUUUACAACUUCAGCAUGUGUCAAGCUUACUCAUCAAAGUUAAUGCUUUCUCCAAUUACCUUUUCUCCUACAGAUCUUCUGCAAGAAAUGGUCCCUCCACUCUGCCUCAAGGAUAGUUUCUGAACUUUGUGAAAGCCUGUGAUAGUCACCCUCACUCAGCCUUGCUGAGCAUUUAGAGUAUAUUUGCUGACCUUGUGAUGUAUGGAAGACACAUAGAAAAUGUGGUUCAGGUCCAGCCUGCCUAAAACAUACCUGUGCCUUUAGGGCUGGCUAUUGGCUUGUGGAAAUAACACUACGGAAAUAACAAGCAGGAAUGUAACCUUGGCUGAUUAUCUCAUUAAAAAUAAAAAUUUAAAAUAAGUAACAAAGUCUAGUCUUACUGCAAUAAAACAUUUGCAAAGUAAACAACACACAAAGUAUGAAUAUCACUGGAUGAUUUGGACAUAAUUUAUAUUUAUAAUUAACUUCUUGCUGGCAGCAACACCAUAUAAAAUGAGACAACACUCAACACGUUCAAGGCAACAUCAUUGUAUACCCUAAAAUUAAGUAUUAUAAAGAUACUUAUCCUCAGAAUAAUUAUAUCAAAGUUUCACUGGCACUUUGGACAAGCCUGUGAUAACACUUCAGCUUAAUAUAACAGUGAUCGAUUUUAACUGAACAUUUGUUUAACAUAUUGUUGUGCAAUAUGGAUUUAAUAUAGUUUAGAUAUGUAAUCUUGGUGUUUUUCAUUAGUCUGUAACCUUUCAUUGUCAUUUAUCUAAGCUAUGUAAGCAUUAAGUCUGUAGGACUAUGACCAGUAUACCAAGGUCAAAUCUGUUACAAAAAAACCCCAGAAGUCUCUUUAUUAACAACUUCUUUGAAAAGUGCUGUAUUUUCUAAACACUCCUCAGGAAUGCAAUUAUUUUUAAAUGCCAUGAAUUUCAACACAACUAUUUGCAAAUAUUGUAUGAGAGCAAAAAUGUUCAAGAACUUCAGGAGUAUUUGCAGUAAUAAACUGAGAAGAGGCUUUGAUUGCAGAAUACAGCCAGUUAACCAGUGGAAGACUGCCUAGACAGUGGGGAGCAUCUACAGCUGGUAGUGUUUAAAGCAGGUAAAACAGGAUCCAGGACACAUGGAGGUGGAGCUGACCCUGCCUUAUAAUAGGGGUCUCUAUUGGCUCCAGAAUUGUCCUUCCACAUUCACUUGCUUCACUGCCUUCCAUCCUUGGCCUUACCUCUUAUCUGAAUUUAGCUUUCAGCUCAUUCUAAAACCCUCAGCCACCCUUACACUCCAGAAACCACAGAGAAUGACAAAAUGAACUGGUGUAAUACUCCUAUUUUUAUGUGCAUUAUUUUCUUUCACUUUCCUAUUUCUUAUAUUUAGGGAGCAUACACUCCCCUGCAUGCAUGGAUGGAUGCACAGGCAUGUGUGAAUUCAAAGCACAAGAAGGCCCCAUUCCUGAUUAGCCUUAAAAUGAGCCCAAAAUAAAUGUUUGGUGACACAUGCUCCUUAAUCAAGUUGUAUGGGUAAAUCUCACAAUGUCAUCUCACAGCUAUGACGCAGUGGGCAAUAGCUGAGACUGUACAGUGCACAGACGUGACACAUUUCUUCCCAAAAUAAAUGCAUGAGUAAACAUCUAAUAGCAACACUAACUUAAUUUAUGUCAUCAGUUUUGAAGAGGAAAUUACUCCACAGAUUAAUGAGGAAUUCUACAUGGAAGUCAAAGGUGUGUAGUCUUAAAGCAUUAAUCAAGAGCUAAAUAUGAUCUGACCCACUUCCAACAGCCCAGCCUUUAACAGAGAGAAGAUAAAAAGGCAGAGUAUGAGAGUCCAUAUUUAUCUCUGAUGUAAUACCAACAAAGCCAACAGAAUUCCUUGAAGUUCAGUAUGCCUGAGAGCACCAUGUGGCAAGUGCCACGGGUCAUCCUGUAAUCUGCAAGGUAUGAUGGAUUGAAAAAGCAAUGACAUUUUCCGUUCCUAUUUAGGAAACAUUAUUCUAAGAAAUAAGAGAUCACAAGGACUAUAUCUCAGAAAAAUAUAUUCUAAUAUAAAAAAUAUUCAUAAUCAUGCAGCAAUGGAUAUAUCAAUUCACUAAACAAUUUCAAAAAAUUGAAUAUGAAUACAUUCUACGAAGUCCUCUGGAGUGAAUGAAUCACAAGGUUUUCUAGAAAAAGGCAUUUUUUCUAUAUUGUACACAGUAAACAUAAUUACACUGUAUAUAAUUCUAUUAAAAAGCAGUGCGAAAUGAAAUAGGUUAUAUUUUCUCAAAACCCUAAAACUUGGAGAUCAUUCAUCCACCUGGUCAAGUGAGACUUACUAUACUGAUCCCCAGACAUAGUGAUUCCCUCUUCCUCAGUGCUGACACCAAACAUGAUAGUGCUCCCAGGCCCCCCUGAAGGUCCAUUCUAAAGAGAGAGACAUUAAUAGAUAAUGACUGGGAAGAGAACACAUAAAUACCUUUUAAAAAAUUAACAAACCUCGAUUUCCUUGGACACAUGAGCAAUACGAAAAAGUCACGCAGUAUCUUUUUAGGAAAUACCUCUAAAAUUUUCUCAGUCAUAACUUGCACCUGGCUUCACACUCCAUGACAAAGGCCACUGUUUUCUUGUGAUGAUGGGGAGUGUCCACUCUGGCCAAAGUUCCUAGCCACUGACACAGCCCUUCACGUUUAGCAUUUCCAGUCACUGUAAUCAGGAUCUCUAACCCAAGGGCCACAUUUCCAAAAGAACAAGACCCUUGCCAGCAAACUGGGAAUUCAGCAGUCCCAGGGAAGGGGGACUAAAGGAGCUGUUACUUUCCCACUAUUUACAGCACAGGUCUGUGUCACGCUGUUCACAUCAUGCAUCAUUCAUCUGCUGUGAUGAAAUGUAACCCCGUGUUUUAAAAAAAGACCUCUGCAACAGUGAGGAUACUAUAUCUUUGUGAGAAGCGUUUCACAUAUUUUCCAUGGGCAUCAAAUGCUCCGGCUUCUAUUUAAAUCUGUGUGGCCCUCUUCAGAGGGCAUUAUUCACUUCAGGAAGUCCAUUCAGAAGGUGCUGAGCAUAAGAAGGAGAGAAGCCAGGACGGCAGCAGACAUGGCUCCUGAGGAAAAGCUGAGCACUGCUCCUGUGAAAAGGGCUGUCCACAAGAUCCGAAUGGCCAGCCACGUCUUCAGCUUGGCACGAGGCUGGCAGCAGUGGGCAUCUGACCACCAUGUAAAGCAAGAGCAAGAGCCCUCUGGAUGGGUCCCCUCUGCAGAAAGCUCAUCAGGUCAGCCUGCACAAGAAAGUUCCUUUGAAAAAUGGCAAAUUCCAUCUGUCAAGAGGGACCAAGACAAAGAUGAUGAAAAAUCCUUAGCAAAGGGAUCAGUGACAAUAAGAGAUGCUGAAAAAGAAUCAAGGGAGUCAGAUGAAGACCUCCAAACGUUCAGCAUUAAAAGCAAAGGGGUGACCAAAACAGUUGUCAGCAAAGCCUAUGAACGAGGGGGAGAUGUCAGCCUCCUCAGCGAAAGAUACGAGAACAACAACAGCAGCUCCGAGAUGACCACACUCAAAGAAGAAUCAAGUGCUAUCGACAAACUUCUUAGUAGCAAAUUGCCUUCAACCAUAAGGAGGAAGUGUUCAAAUGUGGUGUCAGAGCUGACCAAGGGCUGGGAGAAGAUGGAAGAAGAGGACAAGGACGGGGGCAAGGGAGAGCUGCUGCUGAAGUGCCGUGAUGACAGCCUGGAUGCCCAGGACAGCGGCUACGGGGAAGCAGAGGACAAGCUGGAGCAGGACGACAGCGACCGGGAGGUGACGGCCGCCAGGAUUAAACGGCCUGCCCCAUCUCUGGCCAGCCGGCUGAGCGAGGAGGCGCGCAGCAGGGCGCGCAGGAAGCGCGGCGCCGUGCACAGCCUCAAGGACCGGUGGCAGGAAUGGGCUGACCAGCACAUCGUAACGCAGAAGCUCAACCCCUUCAGCGACGAGUUCGACCACGAGCUGGCCAUGUCCACGCGCCUGCACAAAGGAGACGAGGGAUACGGCCACCCAAAGGAAGGAACCAAAACUGCGGAGAGAGCCAAGAGGGCCGAGGCCCACAUCCACCGGGAGAUCAGGGACAUGUGCUUCAUCAUCGAAUCGAUGGCCAAGCCGCGGCCCGACGGCAAGAUCCAGGUCACCUUUGGGGAGCUCUUCGACAGAUACGUCCGCAUUUCAGAUAAGGUUGUCGGGAUUCUGAUGAGAGCCAGGAAACACGGGCUGGUGGACUUUGAAGGAGAAAUGUUAUGGCAAGGAAGAGAUGACAAUGUCAUAAUUACUUUGCUAAAAUAAGUUAGGCUAUAACCAGAACAGCUUUUUGAAAACUUAUCUCCUUCUCUGCCAUUAGCAUUUGCACAUUUUGAAUAUAAGAUUCCCCUGUUCACCACAUAUAAGAAUAUUUUUUGAAAUACGUAUUUUUUAACUAGUGCAUGAUAGCCCAUACAUCCAAAUGGACUUCAUUUUGUACCAGAAGUGCUUGCAGGACAAUUAAGUUAAUUACUACAAAAAAAAAAAAAAAAAAAAAAAAAUCUAUACAGAAUAUAAGCAGCUGAUGAUAAAAACCCAUAGCAAUAUAAAUAACUACAAACUAAUUUCAAUUUCUUCUUCUUGUUACAUUAAGAUAUUCCCAACCUGUUUAAACUGGAAUAUCAGGAAUAUGAAACAUGCCAGAUGAGAAGCUGAAUGACAAUAUAAGAGUUUUCAGACAAAGUUUUUGAUCUGAAAAAUGGUCUUGUGAAUGCACUUCCUAAUUAACUGAUUUAAAUAUAAGUAGAAUGACCUUAUUUUGAUACAGAUCAAGGAUACAUUUGUUUUCUUUACAAGCACAGUAUGCAACUACUACUGCAAGUAUGAUCUUGUUGAUAUAACUGCUGACUCAGCUUUUUCUCUUACAUAUUGCACAAAAAAUCCUUUUUAUAAAUGGAGUUUUAUAUAUCUAUUGUAUUUCUAUACGUAAUUUUUUAGAUUGUUUCAUAUUUAAACUUGUGGAGGUUGGAAUGUAAUGAAUAAAAAAAUUUUGAUUAGAUAGCGAUCUAAAAAAUACCUUCUAUGCAACAUUGUGCAAUGUCUCAAUGUCUCAUCUGAUUAUCCAUGUAGAUACUGUUCUUAUUAAUACAGGGAAAAAUAAUACAUAACAUAUAAAAACUAGCCGGGUACUUGUACUUUUGCAUAUGGCAAAAAAGUGACUAACAUCAUCAUCUUCCAUUGAAAUGUAGCUCUGUGAGAAGAGAGAGAAACGGCAUUCCUAACUUUGGGAAAAUGUUGUUCCACAUUAAACAGAAAUACUGAUCUAAUUUUAUAGAAUUUGCCAUUCUAAUGUCACUGAAAUAAUGUAUUUCAGCCCGGGUGAUGCUGAAGAGGACUAAAUGCUAAUGAACUAAUGCUUCUAGGACUUAAAAUUGUAUUUUCACAAAUCUGAGAUCUCUGUAAGGUCUCUGCUGCUUACUGGAUUUGAGAGAUCAGUUUCUACUGUAAGAAUAGCUGUCCUGGUAAAAUGUGUGUGCUUCAUAUGAAAAGCAUUUGCUUCAGAGCAGAUGCCUGGGCAAGUAAUGAAAACUAAGGGUUUUCUUCCCCCUUAAGAUUCUUUCAAACUGAAAGAGCAAAUAUCUUUUUACAGAAGUAGAGGUGUAUUAACAUCUUGUCUCUGAUAAAACAAAUACUGCUAUCUUAUUAUGAGUACAGGUAUUCCAAUUUGAAGCUUCAAUGUACAAAUAAACCAAAUAUUUUAUAACUUCAUGAUAUGAGAACUGACUACCCCAUCUAUUCUAAAUCUAAGUAAAUCAUUAAUACUUUAGGCAUAGUUAAAUUAUGUGACUCUAUGGAAAAAAAAUUAAUUGUAAGAUGGAAUCAAUUUGGCUUAUUUAAUGUUUUCUUGAGAUCUCAGACUACUCAAGUUGACCUACAAAACUGAUGUCUUAGUGCAUGUAAUACACUAAAUAUUACUUAGUGUAAGUACUUCUGUAAGUACUUCUGUAAUACUUACAUAAUUUUUACCUGCAUAUUCUUAUUUCUUUACAUCUUUAUAUAAUGACCUUUUAUACCUGUCUAAAUCGUCAUGACAAAAUUUUGUUGCCAAAGAAAUAUAUGAACUGUAAAUAAAACCCUUAAUUAUUUCUUGGGUUAUUCUCCCACAUACUAGAAAAAAAUAUGUGGCAUAUUCAGUGAAGUAAAAUAUCAGUAAGUUGCUUCAAAAUAUAAGCACAUUUUCCUUUUCAUGGCUGUUAAAAUAUUUUCUGUGAAGGUUUCCCCAUCCAAAGCACCAGAAAAAGAUUUCAGUGUACAUGGCAACAGACCUUAUACAAAACACCUGUACAAAGAAUACACACUAAAGGCAUGUAAGUGUUAAGUGAAUUACAUAUUUCUGCUCCUGAGCAUUCUCAUCCUACCACAUGAAAAUACAGCAGCUGUAACAAUGUAAUCACUACUACACAUCAUCAACCUCGAAGAUUGGCAGCUCACUGCAGGAACUUAAGCCUCCAUUCAGUCAUUCCAGUGUUAAAAUCUAUGCAAAAUAAAACAAACCCCCAACUUUUCCCUAUUCCGCCCCUCAAAAUAUUUUAUUUCCAAUUGGAUGAAGAAACCACGACAUAACUAAGUGUUGAGUAUUUUUGCUCAUAAUACCCUCCACUAUUUAUCUUUGAGUAGGCAGUAUCAUGCAAAAGCUGCCUAAUUUCUGUAAAGAAUUUACUAUUUUUGUCACAAAAAAUAUUAAAUAUUGAUAUAAGUUA